UCCUAAAAGGCCACAAGAUAGAACUGUUACAGAUAUACUGACGAUAUAGUACUUAAUAAUUAGUAUUAAACGCCAGAAUGGGUAGCUGCUUGACUGUUGGACCGAAUGAAGCGCUCGUUGUAUCAGGUGCCUCUUGUGACUCUGAUGAGAAGACAUAUGUGGUGGGAGGCUGGGCGUGGGCAUGGUGGCUUAUAUCUGACACUCAAAGAAUUACACUCGAGAUUAUGACAUUACAGCCAAAGUGUGAAGAUGUGGAGACAGCCGAGGGAGUUGCUAUCACAGUUACAGGGGUCGCUCAAGUCAAGGUUAUAACUGAUCAAGACUUACUGGCUGUUGCCUGUGAGCAGUUUCUGGGAAAGUCUGUCAUGGAAAUCAAAGGUGUUGUCCUGCAAACCCUGGAGGGACAUUUACGUUCAAUCUUAGGCACUUUAACUGUGGAGCAAAUCUACCAGGACAGAGAUCAGUUUGCUCGACUGGUGAGGGAAUUCGCAGCUCCUGAUGUGUGUCGAAUGGGCAUUGAGAUCCUGAGCUUCACAAUUAAAGAUGUGUAUGAUAAGCUUGACUACCUAAGCUCUCUUGGGAAGACGCAAACAGCGGCUGUCAAAAGGGACGCAGACAUCGGGGUGGCCGAGGCAGAGAGAGAUGCAGGGAUUAGAGAAGCUGAAAUGAGGAAAGAAAUGAUGUACGUCAAGUUCUUGGCAGACACAAAAAUGGCCGACUCCAAACGAGAGUUGGAGCUGCAGAAAGCUGCUUUCAAUCAAGAGGUGGACACUAAGAAAGCUGUAGCACAGCUGGCCUAUGAACUGCAGGCAGCUAAAGAGCAGCAGAAGAUCAGAUUGGAGGAGAUUGAGAUUGAGGUGGUACAAAGGAAAAAGCAGAUCACCAUUGAGGAAAAAGAAAUUGAAAGGACAGAGAUGGAGCUGAUUGCUAUGGUUAAACUCCCUGCUGAGGCUGAGGCCUACAAGAUGCUGCAGCUGGCAGAAGGACGGAAGUUGAAGAAAGUUCUGAAUGCUCAGGCAGAGGCAGAGAAGAUCAAGAAGAUUGGAGAGGCAGAGGCCAGCUCUAUCUCAUCUGUGGGAAAAGCCGAGGCAGAGAGAAUGAGGUUGAAGGCAGAGGCCUACCAGCAGUAUGGAGAUGCUGCCAAGACUGCCCUAAUCCUAGAAGCACUGCCCAAGAUCGCUGCCAAGGUGUCGGCUCCUCUGGCCAAGACCAAUGAGAUUGUUAUUCUGAGUGGGGAGGACAGCCAUGUGACCGGGAAUGUAAACCGUCUUCUGGCCGAGCUGCCAGUGUCCGUUAAUGCACUUACAGGUGUUGACCUGUCCAAGAUCCCUCUUUUGCAGAAGUUGACAGAUGCUCAAACAUGGAACUAAACAGUCCUGUCUUUUCCAUGGUAUGGUGUAUGCACUCACUGAAACUGCCUUUAUACUUGGAAGAGAUUUUUUCUUAUUAAAUACAAAAACAAAACAAAAAAGCAAACAUUUAGAUUUGGAUACCUCUGGUGCCUUAAUGUUUUAUUGGACCAGAAUAUUUGCAUGCACUGCUGCUCCCAUGUACCACAAUCUUUUUAUUUUUAUAAUUUGAAACCUUGUCCCAUAUGUAAUAUAUGAGCUUUAGAACAUGUACUUUUUUUUUUUUUUUUUUUUACUUUUUUAUUGUCAUAGUACCAAAUUAUAAUUUUAACCUAUCACAAGACCUUUUUAAUAUUUACACUAAAGUGACACUUUAACACUUCAUCUGGUGAGUCAGCUUUAGAUUACAAUAAAAACAAAAUUCCCCUCCAAACACUACUUUUUAAUUAAUCGUAGGACAUAUGUCUACUGUUGUUACUUUUCAGAUCCUGCCCUGAUUAAUAACAUUCAGGAAGCCAUUGAUCUUAUAGGCUGUAGAGUAGCAAGUAGCAUUUUAGUGGACUGAGCUCUCUGGCAGUAGCAUUACGGGUAAUUAUCUGUGUCAUCUUAGAGUCUGCCAAGCACUUCUCUUACUUUUAAAUGUUAUAGGCACAUUGAUAGACAUGGCUUUUAAAACCAAAUUAGCUACUGAUUUGUAUGUAUGUUUUCUGAGCUCAUCAAUAUUUUGGAUCAUUCUUUGGCACUAUUUUUGCCUGUACAUUUGUAUGAUAUUGGAUUGUAUAUGUGUUUAGUUUAAUUUAUAAGCCUCUUUUGGACUAUUCUAGGCCAAAAUUAGUUUAUUCAAUUUUUAGCAUGAAGAGCAAAGACUUUAUUUUAAAUUUAGUUUUGAAGAGAUGUAUCACUUGUUGUUAGCAGACUCUGUCUGGAUAUCUGACCAAUUCAGUGCGAACAAGUUUCAUGUGAAGAGAGUUUUUUUUAAAGAUAGUUUUUUAUCGUUGAGUCAUACUGUGGCAGCGGGGGUGGGGUCAAGUGCCCGUCCGGAGAGAGGGAAGCGGUAAGGGCACUUAACCACACCCCCGCUGCCACACAUACAUUACAAAAUAUUUUCUAAAAUAUUAGCACUAGUUACACAAUUACUGUAAAUGAUAAUAUCUGAGCAAUUGAAAUCACCUUUUAUCAACAAUACCGUCCUGUUCUGUGGAAGUUUAUUUAGUUUGUGUACUUAAUUGUCACUGUGAAAGCUACAUUACCUUGUUUUUCUCUUUUGGUCAAAAGUGAAUGACAAUUUGCAAUAGAGAUUUGUGAUAUGUUCCUUUAUUUUGCUUUUUUAAGGGGUAUUUCACUCAAAAAUGAAAAUGUUCUCAUCAUUUACUAACUCUCAUUCCAUCCCAGAUGUGUAUGACUUUCUUAAUUUUGCUGGACACAAACGAAGAUUUUUAGAAGAAUAUCUCAGCUCUGUAGGUCCAUACAGUGCAAGUGAAUGUUGACCAAACUUUGAAGCUCCAAAAAUCUAUAAAUUAUAAAUCUCCUGCCCUGACCAGUAGGUGGCGAUAUACACAAAUAAUGCAAAUCACCAAAAAGUAAAAGACGGUGAAAGUGGAGAUUUAUAGUAAAAAACUGACUUAAAUAUUUAUAUGUUUCUCACCCACACCUAUCAUGUCGCUUCUGAAGAAAUAGAUUUAAUAUUUACUUUUAUGGAUUUUUUGGAGAUUUAAAUUUCUGUCCACCAUUCACAUCCAUUGUAUGGAGCUACAAAGCUGAAAUAUUCUUCUAAAAU